AUGGCAUUUCAGCUCACUGCAGGCAGCUGCGAACGUCUGAACAACGCGACGCCGUCCGAGGAGGAUGUUUUCAACCAACCUCACACCGUUCAGUUUCUUUCGAUUAAAAAGGUCAACACCACCAACGCCUCGUCCUCCGCUGUUGACCGAUACCGAAUCAUCAUGUCGGACGGCAUCCACUUCAUCCAAGCAAUGUUGGCUACUCAACUUAACAGCAUGGUCCAAGAUAACACCAUCGGGAGGCACACAGUCGCAGUCAUUGAAAAGCUUACUUGCAACUAUGUGCAGGAAAAACGCUUGAUUAUUAUUCUUUCUCUCCGCGUUCUUGCUCACUCUGCAGAGAAGAUUGGAGAGCCGAAGCAGAUGGAGGCUCCCCACGACCCGGCUGCAAGCGUCACCCCAGUUACCAACACCAUUGAAACCUUUGCUCCACCGCCGCCCGUCCCCAUUACCAAACCUUCUAAACCAGCAGAACAGGUUACCUCGAAGGAUGGAGGCCCUUCCGUUUAUCCGAUUGAGGGGCUCAGUCCUUAUCAAAAUAGCUGGACCAUCAAGGCACGCGUUACUCAAAAAUCAGAGAUCAAGACGUGGUCAAAUCAACGCGGCGAGGGAAAGCUUUUCAACGUCACUUUAAUGGAUGAAACAGGCGAGAUUCGCGCGACAGGAUUUAAUCUCGUUGUCGACGAACUAUAUCCGAAACUAGAGGAGGGCAAGGUGUAUUACAUAUCUAAAGCCCGCGUCAACCUUGCAAAGAAGAAGUUUUCCAAUCUCGCGAACGAUUACGAGUUGAGUCUUGAACGAAACACAGAAGUCGUAGAGUGUCAUGAAACCGCAAAUGUGCCCAUGAUCAAGUAUAGUUUUGUACCGCUCAGCGGCUUACAAGAUCUGGAGAAGGAUUCGGUCUGCGAUGUUAUCGGGGUUGUGAAGGAGGUUUCAGCUUUGUCAGAAAUUACUUCCAAGGCCACCAAUCGACAGAUUCCCAAACGAGAGCUAACUCUAGUUGACAAGUCCGGAUUUUCAGUACGCCUAACUCUCUGGGGUAAACAAGCCGAACAGUAUAAUGCGGAAGACUCUCCCGUAAUUGCAUUCAAAGGUGUAAAAGUGGGUGACUUUGGGGGACGGUCGCUCUCAAUGUUCAGCUCGAGCACCAUGCAUGUUAAUCCUCACCUCGAGGAAUGUUUUGCCCUGCGCGGCUGGUACGACUCUUCUGGGGCAGAGCAGUCAUUCCACGCACACUCAAGUGCUGGAGGGGGUGCUUCGACGAUGAGCUUCAAUCGUGCUGAAAUUCGGAGCUUGGAUGACGUCAAACAGGCGGGCUUUGGAUUGCCCGACAAGCCAGAGUAUUUCUCUGCAAGAGCGACCAUCAUGCACAUCAAAGCAGAUAAUAUCUCUUACCCUGCCUGCCCUACUCAGAAUUGCAACAAAAAGGUUAUUCAAGACGGUGACAGCUGGAGAUGUGAAAAGUGCGAAAAGAGCUUCGAAGCGCCAGAACACCGUUACAUCAUGUCUUUAGCUGUCGCGGAUGCUUCUGGGCAAGCGUGGUUCCAGGGAUUCAAUGAAGUCGGGACCACUAUCUUCGGAAAAACAGCUAAUGAACUCAUCGCCAUCAGGGACAGCAACAGCGCCCAAUACAACGUGCUGCUCCACAAAGCUAACUGCAAUACGUACAACUUUUCCUGCCGUGCCAAGCAGGAUACAUACAACGAGAACACUCGGAUUCGGUAUGGAAUUUCUCGUAUUUAUCCGCUGGAUUAUAAGGAGGAAGCCAUGGCGCUGCGCGACCUAUUGUACUCAUCUUGGGCACGCUGAGUUUUCUUUCUGUCUUGUGUAGUUAUUUUGUACAAUAGGAUGAUUGGGGUUAAGAGGCCUUUAUUUGCGG